AUAUCCAACAAGUUUCACUCUAACAAGUGAGGGAGGUCCGAGGCAGAGAAGAGAUGUGUGCAGGACAUCCUGGUGCGCCCCGCCCUGGGCCGAGAGAACGACCUGGUGCUUCUACCUCAGACCAGUCUGGGGCGCGGUAUCCACGGACCUCAAGCCCCAGGCCGCCUCCUAAGACCGAUCAGCCACGGACCUCUCUGAGCGCCAGGCGACGCCCGACCUGGUCUGGCUUCCCGGCGUGCUCCACCCGGCCUGGGGCAGAACACCGGAAGCGGCCUGCGCUUUCACGCUCAGGGUCGGGACCACGGCUCUGCGCGCGGGAUGGCGGUGACAGUGACGCUGGAGCCGGCGGGCCGCUGCCGCUGGGACGAGCCGGUGCGCAUCGUCGUGCGCGGCCUGGCCCCCGGGCAGCCGGUCACGCUGCGCGCGUCCCUGCGCGACGAGAAGGGCGCGCGCUUCCGAGCCCACGCGCGCUACUGCGCCGACGCCCACGGCCAGCUGGACCUGGAGCGCGCGCCCGCGCUGGGCGGCAGCUUCGCGGGGCUCGAGCCCAUGGGGCUCAUCUGGGCUCUGGAGCCCGAGAAGCCUUUUUGGCGAUUUCUGAAGCGGGACGUGCAGACGCCCUUCGCGGUGGAGCUGGAGGUGCUCGAAGGGCACGAGCCUGAGGCCCGCCGACUCCUGGGCCGGACGGUGCACGAGCGCGACUUCCUGCCGCCGGGGGUGCGGCGCGAGCCGGUGCGCGCGGGCCGGGUGCGCGCCACGCUCUUCCUGCCGCCAGGACCUGGACCUUUCCCAGGGAUCAUUGACAUCUUCGGUGUUGGAGGAGGCCUGUUGGAAUACCGGGCCAGCCUUCUGGCUGGCCAUGGCUUUGCCACAUUGGCUCUAGCUUAUUAUGACUUUGAAGAUCUCCCCAAGAAAUUCGACACCAUACACCUGGACUACUUUGAAGAAGCCCUGUGCUACAUGCUUCAACACACCCAGGUAAAGGGCCCUGGCAUUGGACUUCUGGGGAUUUCUUUAGGGGCUGAUAUUUGUCUCUCCAUGGCCUCAUUUUUGAAGAACAUCUCAGCUACAGUUUCCAUCAAUGGAUCUGGCUUCAGUGUAAACAAAGCCAUAUGCUACAAGGAGAACAGCAUUCCACCACUGGGCCAUGACCUGAGGAGAACGAAGGUAGCUUUUUCAGGCCUCCUGGACAUUGUGGAUAUAAGGAACGAUAUCGUAGGGGGACGUGAGAACCCCUGCAUGAUUCCAAUAGAGAAGGCCCAGGGGCCCAUCCUCUUCAUUGUUGGUCAGGAUGACCAUAACUGGAGGAGUGAGUUCUAUGCCCAGACAGCCUCUGAACGGUUGCAGGCCUAUGGAAAGGAAAAACCGCAGAUCAUCUGUUACCCUGGGACUGGGCACUACAUUGAGCCUCCUUACUUCCCCAUGUGCCCAGCUUCCCUGCACAAAUUAUUGGACAAACCUGUGAUGUGGGGUGGGGAGCCCAGGGCUCACUGUAAGGCCCAGGUCGAUGCUUGGAAGCAAGUUCUAAUGUUCUUCACCAAACACCUUGGAGCUUCCCCCAAACUGUAAUGCAUUGGUCUGUUAUUGACAGGAGAGAUUCAAGGUCAGAUUUUAGUGUUUAAUAAUCUUAUGUGAAUCCGUUGUCCCCUGAAUAACAUUAAAUUCAUGUCAUUGAUAUUAAUGAUUUUUUGUGUGUGUGUGGCACACGGGCUUAGUUGCUCCGUGGCAUGUGGGAUCUUCUUGGAGCAGGGAUCGAACCCAUGUCCCCUGCAUGGGCAGGCAGAUUCUUAACCACUGCGCCACCUAGGAAGCCCUAAUGAUGUAUUUUAGGUAACUUUAUUGAGUUUUAUUUUGUCAUUAAUUUUUCUAAUGUCAAACAUGCCUAUUGUAGAAGACUCAAUUAGAGGUAUACAAUACUAGAUAGUAAAAAGUAUCCCCACUAUUAAAAUUUGUGUUUUCAUCUAGAUUUUUUUAUUUAACAC